GAUUGGGAUGUCUUAACCCCUGUUUAUUAAAAAAUAAACUAUACAGACACAGCCAUUGUGUUAAUUUGUGUAUUUUAACUUCAAAAUGUGUGGAGGAUUUACUUGUUCUAAGAAUGCUUUGAUUGCCUUAAAUAUUCUUUAUGUGGUGGUUGCUUCUAUACUCAUAUCAGUGGCGGUGUAUGGGCAAGCAUCGUCACUGGUCACCAAUUUGCCCAUAGUGGGUGGUAUCUUAGCAUGUGGAGUGUUCCUCAUCCUGAUAUCACUUCUGGGACUAGCUGGAGCAGUAAAGCAUCAUCAAGUUAUGCUAUUUUUUUACAUGGUUAUUCUAUUCCUGCUCUUCCUGGUGCAGUUCUCAGUGGCUUGUGCCUGUCUUGCCGUUAAUUCUGAUCAACAGGAGAUGUUAGCUCAACAGGGUUGGAACAAAGUGAAUAUGGACGUAAAGGAACAAGUUCAGGAAAGGUUCCAGUGCUGUGGUUUCCAAAGCAGAAUAAUGCCACCAAACACUACAGCUGAUUAUCCAUCUUGCACUAUAGUUGAUAGAAUUUGUUGCAAGAACAUGGACAUAUCACCCAAUUGUCAGUGUCAGCCAUGUAUGGAGAAAUUGAAGGAGACAAUUGACUAUGCCUUUAAGCUUUGUGGUGGUAUUGGACUAUUCUUCAGUUUUACUGAGCUGUUCGCAGUUUGGCUCGCGCGUCGUUACCGCAAUCAACCCGACCCCAACUACAAAGAACCCCAUGCUAUAUUUCCCAGAAGCAACUAUUUAUAUUAAAACAUAUAUCAACUCUAGAAUUGUUUUAUGUUUUAUUAGUUUCUCUUAGUAAAAUAGUCAAAUUUGAAGAAUUUAUCAUUUUUAUGACGUUUUCUUAGGAUACAGUAGGGAUUGAAUAUUUGAUGUAAAUAUCCUAUAAAGAUUCUAAUGUGAUUAUAUCUACAAAAGACAUUGUUUCAUAAUAUAAGAUACGGCCUUGUUGUUAUUUCGCGCUUGAAAUUGCCUCGCGUAACUCUCGCGAAGGUUAAAUAUUUCUCUAGAAAGUUUUUGAUGUACGUACUAUAUUUUUGCUCACUCAGUGCUAAAUUUAAAUAUACGUGACUGUUUUUUUAGUUAAUGGUCAAUACAUGAAUGUUCAUUGAAUUGUUACAAACUGUCGAAUAUGAAUCUGUCGCAUCUAGGUUUUAAGUAGGUUUUUAAAUUCAUAAUAUACAUAAGUAUGCCUGCUAUGAAAUUUUACCGCGUCCGAUGAACAAGACGAAAUGUAAAACUGUACUUGACGUUAUCUUAUCUGUUUAGUCAAUUGUCGCAAAUUUUAUUAUUUAUUUUAGGCCAUAUUAUUCAUAUAUACAAAAAUAAAAUUCAUAACAUGUAUGAUUUCGUAAUUUAUAUUUUUGAUGUAUGAUGACUUGGACUUUAUGUAAUUUUCUUUGAAUUCAAUAAAUAAAUGCGUUUUGUGUACGCGUAAUCAUGGUUCUGAAUGUGUAUAUUUUUAAUAAAUUUAAAAUAAUAUUAAUUAUAUUUGAACUAGUCAAUAAUGUAAUGAUUUGAAACUUUAAAUAUACUCAGUCUCAUACUAUGAUCUUACUAAAAAGUGAUGUGUUUUAUGUUCUACUUCGCUUUGUUAGUUAAGGUUAUUGUUUACAUACAUUAUUAUUAAGACUUACCCAUUCAUUAGGAUUAUAGUUUUUUACAUAUCGUGAUAUAAUUUAGAAGCAAAAUAUAACUUCAUUCAAUCAAUCCCGUUUUAUUUUAAUAAAUGUAAAAAUCUUUAAAAAUCAUUGAAUUUAAACACCUUAAACCUCCAAUGGAUUGUUUUAUUCUGUAUUUACUUAUUUUGGAUUUAGUUUGCACGUUAGUGUUGCUACUAAUAUGUAUAAGCCUCUUCAGAUGACUAUUCUUUCCAGUGACUUAUGCUGUUGUAGUAGUUUGUAAAUCAUAUUUACAAUUGGCAUAUAUAUAAAAUAUUUUAUUCUUAUGAUUAUUGUAUCAAAUAUGUAUACUUACUUCGAAUAAAGUGUUAUGCAUUGCAAAA